ACCGGCAGGCGGGGUCGCCGGCGCUUCCUCCUCACCUCCACCGGGUCGGCGGCGGCAGCUGUCCAUGGCGAGCGCGCCGGGCCGCAGGGGCCGGGCCGGCCUCAGGCUCUGCGCCACAGUGAUAUUAUUUAAUGUGGCUUUCUGUAAAGGUUUUGUAGAAGACUUAGAUGAAUCGUUUAAAGAAAAUCGAAAAGAUGAUAUUUGGCUUGUAGAUUUCUAUGCACCAUGGUGUGGCCAUUGUAAAAAAUUGGAACCAAUUUGGAAUGAAGUUGGUCUUGAGAUGAAAAGCAUUGGCUCUCCAGUGAAAGUUGGAAAGAUGGAUGCCACUUCCUAUUCUAGCAUUGCUUCAGAGUUUGGAGUUCGAGGUUAUCCAACAAUUAAGCUAUUAAAAGGAGACUUGGCAUAUAAUUACAGAGGACCACGAACUAAAGAUGAUAUCAUUGAAUUUGCUCAUAGAGUGUCUGGGGCUCUAAUCCGACCACUUCCAAGUCAGCAAAUGUUUGAACAUGUGCAGAAGCGACAUCCUGUGUUCUUUGUUUACGUAGGCGGUGAAUCACCACUGAAAGAGAAAUACAUAGAUGCUGCUUCAGAACUCAUUGUGUAUACCUACUUCUUUUCUGCCUCAGAAGAAGUGGUUCCUGAGUAUGUGACGCUAAAAGAGAUGCCAGCUGUGCUUGUUUUCAAAGAUAAAACAUACUUCGUUUAUGAUGAAUAUGAAGAUGGUGAUCUGUCCUCAUGGAUAAGCAGGGAGAGGUUUCAGAACUACCUCACUAUGGAUGGCUUCCUCCUGUAUGAGCUGGGAGACACAGGAAAGCUGGUGGCGAUUGCAGUUAUUGAUGAGAAAAAUACAUCACUUGAACAUACCAGAUUAAAGUCAAUUAUUCAGGAAGUGGCUAGAGAUUACAGAGACCAUUUCCAUAGAGAUUUUCAGUUUGGCCAUAUGGAUGGAAACGACUAUAUAAAUACCUUGCUGAUGGAUGAAUUAACAGUCCCAACUGUAGUUGUACUGAAUACUUCAAACCAACAAUACUUUUUGCUAGAUAGACAAAUUAAGGAUGCCGAAGACAUGGUCCAGUUCAUUACUAACAUCUUGGAUGGCACAGUAGAAGCCCAAGGAGGUGAUAGCAUUUUUCAGAGAGUGAAAAGAAUAAUAUUUGAUGCCAAAUCUACUAUUGUGUCCAUAUUCAAGAGCUCACCACUUAUGGGCUGCUUUCUCUUCGGUCUGCCACUGGGUGUCAUCAGUAUCAUGUGCUAUGGGAUCUACACAGCUGACACUGAUGGAGGCUACAUAGAAGAGAGAUGUGGAGUUUCUAAGAGUGAAAUGGAAAGCCAGGCGCAGAUAGAAGAGAGCAAAGAGCAACAGGAGCCAAGUGGUAGAGAGUCACUAGUGCCGGCCAUGCAAGAGCCUAAGGAUGUCUUAGAAAAGAAGAAAGAUUGAGACUUUGCAGCUAUGGAAAUUACAAGAGUCUAUUUAUUAAAUUUAGAUAUUUAAUCAUGGUCCUUACAGGAAAGUAUUUGUAUUUUGCUAAUACCAAUUGCAUGGGUUAAAGUAGUCCUUCUACAAAUGGGGAGACAUUUGUAGCAAAGAGAAGAAUGGCUUAUCUAAAAAUCCAGAUCAUACCAUCAGAAUUUACCUUGUGGAUAUUAUUAUACACAUCAGUUCUAUUUGCAUGUUGCUCUAUCUGAAUAUUCUGCAACAGAGCUAAAAUUGGGCAGAAUAUUUAAGUUGGUCAAUCAGAUAGAAAAUACAUGUUGGAUAAAGAAAAUAAUACCUCCCCCCUUCUGCUAUUCAUUCUCAUAUAUUUUGUAUAAGAUUUAUAUAGGCAAAUUUGAAUCUUUAAAGUUUAGACACUAAGGAAAGCCAGUAACUUUUUCCAUGUAUCAAAUUAAUAAAAUUCUGAGGUUAAUGUGGUUUUAUAUAGCAUAGUGAUUUUAUUUAAUUACUUUUAAAGGAGAGGAAAUGUUACUUUUUAAUUUUAUACUCCGUUAUGUUGUUAUAAAAAUUUUUAUAUGGGUCUGUAGAAUAGAGAAGGAAAUUUUUGUGACUGACCUGUGCAGAAAGCCAGGGUGUAUUGGGGGCAGCGGCCGCAGGCCCCGCCCUGCAGCACUCCAGCCCAGACACUCACUGGUCAGAAGGAGAGCGUCUCUCUUAUUUCUACUUUGCUCUAGCCUAAGUAGCUAAGGGUUUUAAUUUUGUUUCAUUUUGUGUAUGUGUGUGUGUUUUGGUGUUUCUUCUAAAAUUACCUACGAUUUAAAAAAAAAAACUAUUGAAAAGUAAUAUAUAAAUUUUGUUUAAUGUAUUUAAAUUUUUAUAGUGGCUAUGGUCCAAAAUAUGCAUGUGUGUUGUUCUGCAUACAUGUAUACAAGUUACUGUCACACAUGCACUGUGGUAUUCUGUGGCAUGUCUGUCACAGAAAGUGACGUCCUGGGCAGGCUAGGUGGGAUGUUGUAUCCAGUGAGCAGGAGGCGCGCGGUUUCCUUUGUGUUCUCCGCUCUGGCUGCCCGGGGAAUUGUGCCCAUCUUUCCUCCUAAGUGGAAUCAUGCAGGAAUUCUGGCCCAACUGAUGUCGAAAUAUUGGUAUUCUGUAGUAAUAGUUUGGAAAGUUUAUCAUACAUUAAAUUUUAACGCCUUCAGUUCAUCUAUUUUUAGAAUUUUUAAUUGGAUUAACUUAUUUAGGUAGUUAUCAGUUCCUUAGAAGUUGUUCAUUAUAAAGGUUUUAUUAACAUUAAAAGUGUUUAAUCAUUUUUAAAGUAUGGUCCUAACACUGAAGUUUUUAUGUAUAGCAUUUUGAUCAUGUGGGCUGCCUUUUGGCUGUUUCCAAUGCCAUGUGAAUCAGGAGUGAACUGAGACUCUGGUGUCUUAAGUGCUAGCCAGUUAGAGGUCAUCGUUGUGUGCAUGUGUGUCCAUUGUGCUCUUCUAGUAUUCAAUUAUUAAAUACCAUUCUUGAUUCUAAUUGCUAAAUGAAAUUAUGCAGUCACAAAGAAUUUCAGGUAAUACUAGUGGGAAAUAGUCUCAUGGAAACUGGAGGUGAACACUGUUAAUCUAACAUGCAGUUUCCUCUCAAAGUCUUAAGGCGGCAUUUUGUGAGAAUGUUCGUGUGAGGUUUGUUUGCAGGAGUCAUUGCAGGCCUACGCGGGUACAGAUGCCUCCCUCCGCACUCAGGUGAUAAGGAAGUCGCACGGUGACGCAGUCUUGGCGGAUGUAAUGGAUUAUUCUAGGUGUACUGUACAUGCAGAUCUGCAGCUUUUGCCUCAUCACUUUGCAUCAUCACCUGUAAAGUAGACCUCAGUAGGAAAAAUAGUGACUCAGUAAACCCACAAGCAUCCUCUGUAUUCGCACCUUUAUAAAGGAGCCUUUCACAGAGCUUUUUACUCUUCUUCUGUCUGUACUUAGAAAAUGUGCUUAUUGGGAAACAAAGGGGUAGGUGGUUUGUAAUUUUAUUUUUGUAUUAAAACGUUGCUUUUCACGUGUUUCUCUUUGGGGAUCAUUUCGUUUACCUUCUCAGCGCCUCACAAAACAGACCUUCGCAUCUGUUCACUAGUGUGCUUUUCCACCACCUUGAUUUUAGAACUUUACUCUGAGCACUGUUUUCCUUUCAGGAUAAAUUAUGUCAAAAUCAAAGCAGCUCUCAAGAUCUGGUUAGAAGGUUACUGGUAGCCUACUAACUUCGUGAUAAAUCAGUCAUACGAUUGUAUGCCAAUCCUAGGAUCCUUCAGGAAAUUGGAAGUUCAUCUUCUCUUUCAGUCAGUCACAAGAGUUCUCUUCCUGGUUUCUGUAGUUUAGAAUUGUAGCUCCUUGUAAUCUGACGCUCAGGCAGCAUGUAAGGAUAGCUAGCCCAGAGGAGGUGGGGGCUUUCAAGUGCUUUGUGCCCCCUUGGAGCCUGCUGUCUUGUCUUGUAUGCACCAAUGCUUUUUCUACUGCCCCCAACCCGUGCAAUGAUUGUUAGACCUGGAGUUUUCAUUUCUUCCCCCGACACAGUGCUUCUCAGUAUCUAGUUUAGAAAUAGCCUUAACAUGCCACAAGUUUGGAGGCUGGGGAAGGGUCUGAACAGUAAAAACAAGUUGCUCUUUAUUUUUUGUUCAGUGGGUUACAUUGCUAAUGAUGUUCUUUGUGUUUUCAUUUGGGUGCUUUUCUGACUUCAGUUAUGCAGAAAGUUGCUUAAAUAUCUUUAUUAUAGCCCUCGCUUCUUGGGACAUGGAAAUAGGGCAGGGAAAACGAUUGCUCAAUAUAUUAUUAUUGUGUAGAAAUUGCUCAAGCCAGUGUGUGAUGUUGACUUACAAUGAAUUGGAGAGAUUAGAGCUGCCAUUUUAUUUUUUACAUAUUAUAUAUAUUAUUUUUCUGAAUGUGAGUGUCAGAGUGAGCAAAAAAUAAUUUUCUACUUUAGACUAAUAAUGUAUAAAAGGUUUUGGAAGUCUGUAAUACAACUAACUUGUUGAAUUCAUGAUACCCUGCCUCAUGGCAGUUGUAAACCUUUUUUGUAAAAUAAAUUAACUAAAAACAUAA